AAUUUCUGACACGGUUUAGUACGAACCCGAAGCUCCAGUUUUUUUCAUUUUUGUUCUUGCUCUGCAUCAUCACGGAGAGCUGUAAUGGAGUGAUCAAAAUUCACUCUUGAUCUAUCAACUGAAGAAGAGAAUCGAAUUUCCUUCGAAAUGAGAAAACGCGAUCUAGCCAUUCUCAUGCUCUCCGCCUUCGCCAUCUUCUUCUCUCUCCAGCACGAAGGAGAUUUCUCUUUUAGAGAGGCAUGGUUCCAUUUAACCGACGAUUAUCCAAUCAAAUACGAGACCGACCGUCUCCCCCCGCCGAUUGUUUCCGAUCUUAACGGCGACGGCAAGAAAGAAGUCCUCGUUGCCACUCACGACGCCAAAAUCCAGGUAUUGGAGCCACAUUCAAGGCGAGUAGAUGAGGGGUUUAGUGAAGCGAGAUUGUUAACGGAACUAUCACUAUUGCCUGAUAAAACACGGGUUGCGACUGGUAGACGUGCAGUAGCUAUGGCAACUGGUGUUAUUGAGAGGAGAUAUAAGGAAGGACACCCGUUAAAGCAAGUUUUGGUUGUUGUUACUUCAGGGUGGUCUGUUAUGUGCUUUGAUCAUAACCUUAAGAAGCUUUGGGAAACUAAUGUGCAGGAGGAUUUUCCACAUAAUGCACAUCAUAGGGAGAUUGCAAUAUCAAUAAGUAACUAUACGUUGAAGCAUGGGGAUAUGGGAUUGGUUAUUAUUGGUGGGAGAAUGGAAGUGCAGCCACAUAAUUAUUUAGAUCCUUUUGAAGAAAUCGGCAUGGCAGAGAAAAAUGCUGAGCAGCAUAGAAGAAGUGCUGGUGAGAAAGAGCCAUCAGAGAACUCUGGAACUGUGAAUUUACGCCAUUUUGCCUUGUAUGCUUUUGCUGGUCGAACUGGUACCGUUCGAUGGAGUAGAAAGAAUGAGAACAUUGAAGCACAGUCUUCAGAUGCUGCAUCACAGUUGAUUCCACAGCAUAACUACAAGCUUGAUGUGCAUGCUUUAAACAGUCGUCAUCCUGGAGAGUUUGAAUGCAGGGAGUUUAGGGAAUCAAUCCUUGGAGUUAUGCCACAUCACUGGGAUAGGAGAGAAGAUACUGUGUUGCAGCUAUCACACUUUAGGCGCCACAAAAGAAAAACAUCAAAAAAAUCAAAUGGAAAGAACUCAAACUACCCUUUCCACAAGCCUGAGGAAAACCAUCCUCCUGGAAAAGACACGACAAAGAAAAUUUCAAACCUGAUUGGGAAAGCUGCAAAAUAUGCUAGCUCAACAAAAUCAAAGAAGCCAUCACAAUAUAUUCCUACCAUAACAAACUACACUCAGCUUUGGUGGGUUCCUAAUGUUGUUGUGGCUCACCAAAAAGAAGGGAUAGAAGCUAUUCAUUUGGCAUCUGGCCGCACCCUUUGUAAGCUUCAUCUUCAAGAAGGUGGCCUUCAUGCUGAUAUCAACGGUGAUGGAGUCCUAGAUCAUGUCCAGGCUGUUGGGGGAAAUGGAGCUGAGAAGACUGUAGUUAGUGGAGCAAUGGAAGUGCUGCAACCUUGUUGGGCUGUUGCAACUUCAGGUGUACCAGUACGAGAGCAACUUUUUAAUGCUUCUAUAUGUCAUCAUUCGCCAUUUAACUUGUUCCAACAUGGAGAUUUCGGCAGAAAUUUUGGUCGAACUGAUGUAUCUUCUUUAGAGGUGGCAACCCCUAUUCUCAUCCCAAGAAGUGAUGGCCAUAGGCAUCGCAAGGGGAGUCAUGGUGAUGUUGUCUUCUUAACAAAUCGAGGGGAGGUGACAUCAUACUCUCCUGGCCUGCAUGGCCACGAUGCUGUUUGGCAAUGGCAAAUACUGACAGGCGCUACAUGGUCAAAUCUUCCUUCUCCAUCAGGGAUGAUGGAAGGUGGUAUGGUGGUCCCCACAUUAAAGGCAUUCACUUUGCGUGCACAUGACAAUCAACAAAUGAUCCUCGCAGCUGGUGAUCAAGAGGCUGCAGUUAUAUCUCCUGGAGGUAGUGUCCAGACAUCGUUUGAUCUUCCUGCACCACCCACCCAUGCUCUGAUCUGUGAGGAUUUCACAAAUGACGGCCUUACUGACCUAAUUGUUGUGACAUCAAAUGGGGUGUAUGGCUUUGUCCAGACUAGGUCACCAGGUGCCCUCUUCUUCAGCACUCUGGUCGGUUGCCUUUUAAUUGUGAUGGGAGUUAUCUUUGUCACCCAACACAUAAACUCCAUAAAGGGGAAACCACGCGCUUCAUCUGGUCUUCGAUGAAAGACAGUUUUAUACUUGUGAUACUGAAGAUCAUUUGGCCUUUGAAAGAAAAGGAAAAAAAUAUUGGGCAUCGAGGUACAGUCGUCGAACAGUCCUUUUAAUCCGCCUAACAGGCAACUGAUUUAAGAAAUGCGAGGUAAAGGGUUAAAAGGAUUCGAUGGGCUUCAUAGGAUUGAUAUCCUUCCCCUGAAUAUCCCCCAGAUCUUACUGUAAAAUGUGUACUGUUAACAUCGGGGACUCCUCUGACUGAGUUUUACAUGGAUUUUAGGAAAUGUUUGUAUAAACUUGUAGUGAAAGCAACUUUUCAUUUUUGCUUCGGACA